AUGGAGUGGCGGUGCCUGCUGCCCGUGGGACCCUGCAUAGUGCCCGGUGUGGGCAGUGACUCUGAGAUUGACACUGAUUUCUUGACAGCAGUAGAGGACCAGGAGCUGCUCAGCACCCAGCCGCGGGCCCCAAAGGAGCUGGUGAUCCCCCUGAUCCCCCCUCACUGCUCAAGGAACCCGGUGCCCGGUGCCGACAUACAUCCUCCCCCCGCCACUGAUGGCAACCCCAACACAGACCCCCCCUCCAGCUGGAGUUCCCCGGACCCCCUGGUGUAGCCUCAGGCACUGCAGGAGCUGCUGCAGGAGGCACAGCAGAGCCAGAAGCAGCCUAAGGGGGCCUCAGCACCCCCCAUCGCCAUCCCCCUCCCUCUGUCUGGCAAAGACCUUGUCACAGGUCCACUGCUGGCCCCCCAGGGCUGUGAGGCCGUGUCCGUGGGGCAGUUUGGGCUGGCCAUGCUGCAGGGUAUGGGCUGGAGCCAGGGCCGGGGCAUCGGGCACAUCUUCUCCAGGGUCGUACCUGCCCUGGAGCACCGGCUGCCUGUAGGGGCUGGGUCUGGGGCCAAGGGAGCCCCCCCGGGUACUCCCAAAUCUGGGGAGACCCGCCGGGGAGGCCUGGGUGGGGACUUAGUGAGCAUCAAGGCUGGGCCCCACUGUGGCGUGGAGGGCAAGGUGGCAGUGCUGGACCCCGAGACUGGGCGGGCACGGCGACUGCAGCUGGCGGGGCAGGCAGUGGCCAUGAACCAGCACGGGCUGUGCCCUUGGGAAGGGCUCCGAGGAAGGGCACAAGGCAGGGGGAAGAAGUGGAAGGAGCCCCCAGAAACAGCGCGGUUGGUGAAGCAGUGCCAGGGGGCCCUGCCCGGGACCUGGCAUUGACUGCGCAGGGACCUGCAGGUGCGGGGUGUGGACAGGACCUUCUGCGGGGGCCACGACUACAACUGCAAGUGGCAGGUUGGGGACGCACUGUCCCUGGACACCUGGGUGUGCCGGAUGGACCGGGGCUGCCUGCUGGAGGGCCUGCAGGAGGCCUCUCUGUAGAUGGAGGUGCCUCGGGGCAUUUCCAAGCACAUCAUGGUGGUGCUGGGGGAGCACGUGGGGCAGGUGGAGCGAAUCCUGGAGGAUGCACAUCCCAGAAUACAACCAGAUUGGUAUCAGGAGCGGAGCGGAGCCUACGAGCGCCGUCCCUUCGCCGCGCCGCUCUCUCGCCCCGAGCGGGCGGGGUCGCUCCGGCCCGACCCGGCGGGGGCAGAGGCGGUGGCGGGGCAGGCGCAUCUUGGCGGCGGCGGAGGGCGCGGGCAGCGCUCGCCCCGGCCGUCACCAGCGGCCGGACCCCUCCACCUCCCCUGA